AUGGUGGCACUGCGAAACUUACUUGUGGUUUUCCCACUGGUAUCUAUGACUUCUUGUAUGCAACAUUAUUUUGUUCAAAGCUCCGAUCACAAUAUCGAUAUCAAACCUUUGCCAAGACAACCUACUUUGAACCCAAAUUCAUCUCAAGUUCUGAGAACUGGACGUUCAGGUGCCAUCAGUUCAGACUCAGAAUUUUGCAGCAGUAUAGCGGUCGAGAAAGUAUUAAAGAAGUUCGAAAACGCUAAUGCCGCAGAUGCUGCAGUCACUGUGGCAUUAUGUCUAGGUAUGAAGAACUUCUUCUCCAGCGGGAUUGGAGGUGGUGGCUAUGCCGUUUUUGUCGGCGGCAAUAAGCAAGAAAAGCGCUUGGAUCCGCUCUUUUUAGAUUUCCGUGAGCAAGCUCCAGAGCUAGCUCAUAAGGACAUGUUUGCGCAGACUCCAAAUGCCUCGCAAGUGGGCGGUCUUGCUGUCGGGAUUCCGGGCGAACUUAAAGGGUUGUACGAAUUGUAUUCUCAACGUGGUAGUGGUCACGUACAAUGGCAUGAAUUGCUCGAGCCGAUAAUACACCUAGGCACAAAAGGCUGGCCAGUAGACGAAAUUACUGCGCUUGUAUUAAAAAUGUAUGAACCGUAUUUCGUGGAACACCGCCAUGACUGGAAGUUUGUACUGAACUCGGCAGGGAACGAGACUUUGAAAAUUGGAGAUAACCUAAAGAGGACAGCACUUGCUCAAACUUUACGCGAAAUAGCUCAGAACGGAACAGCAGCACCAUUCUAUGACCCAAAUCAUCGGAUCGGGAAAGCCUUAGUCAACAAAGUUCAAAAAAGUGGCGGAAUCCUGACUGAUCAUGACCUAGAGGCUUAUUACGUGAACAUCUCACAACCGCUUUCCACCAAGAUUCGUGCUGGAUGGGCAAAUGUACCGAAUAAUGACCUUGAAGUAUUCACCAGCAGCGGCUCAAGCUCCGGUGCUGCGCUAGUAUCAGCACUUAAAAUUCUCGAUCAUUUUCCAAGCCUUAGUGGAGGCGAUUAUAUACCGGAGCAGACUUACGUUCUGAUAGAGUGCAUGAAAUACAUGUCCAGUGCGAGAAGCCGGCUAGGAGAUUAUUCCCAGCAAGACAAGCUUCCUGAUCGAGUAGAAGAGGUUCUUAAUUCUGACUGGAUUGAAAGUGCCGUGAAAACUAUCAAGGAAAACAUGGAUAGCCUUCAAACUUUAAGCAAUUGGACUGAUUACCACCCGAUGUACGAAAUGACUGAUCCACAUGGAACAACUCACUUUAGCGUAGUGGACAAAUUCAACAACGCUGUCUCGUUGACCUCUACCGUCAAUCUAUUAUUUGGCUCAUUGGUUCAUGAUACUGAGACCGGUAUAUUACUCAAUAACCAGAUGGAUGAUUUUUCGCAGCCGCAUAGGUCGAACGCCUUUGGUUUGGCACCCUCAAAGUACAAUUUUGCAGAGCCCGGAAAGAGACCUUUAUCAUCGUCGUCACCGGUCAUCGUUUUGAAUGAACUAGACCAACCGGACUUGGUUAUUGGGGCUUCUGGAGGUUCCAGGAUAACCCCGAGCAUAUUCCAAGUCAUGACCCGUCUUUAUUGGUACAACAUGCCACUGCUAGAGGCCAUUGCUUAUCCAAGAGUUCACCAUCAGCUCUUGCCAGAUCAGCUUGAGAUCGAAAGCUUCGGGAUGCUGGGUAAGAGUACAAUUGACUCGUUGCGUCUGAUGGGCCAUGAUCUAGUCGAGCAGGCUCCAAAAAGUGUAGUGAAUGGUAUCAAACAAAGCGUGGGUGAGUGGCAUGCAGUAAGUGACUUUUGGCGCAAGAGAGGAAUUUCUAUCGCCUACUAA